AUGCCUUCAGAGCAGGACCAACAGUCCGUUAGGUCGGUGGACAUGAUCAAGGGGAUGGCGGAGGUUUUUAAUGAAAAUAACAAAGCAUGGUCAAUUGAUCUGGAAAGGGGAGAAUCUCGAACGGAAGAAAAGUCAGAAAAAGAGAUUGAUGGAAUCGAGCUCGAACCGUAUCCGUGCCUCGACUACAUCAAUACCGAGGAAGAACCAUCGAGUUAUGUCAACAUGCAAGUGACUGAUGCACCUGAUGGCUACCCUAUGCUCGCCCGCUUCAUCUCUUCCCACGAAGACGGUUACAUCUUCCGGGAAUUUCGCUACCUUCAGUCCCGGACUCUCUUGCACAUGCAGGAUGAGCUACGAGCCCUCGAAGUGCAACUGCACAGGAUGGACCAGUUUGAUGCUGAGCACAGGGCCACAGUCCUCAAGACGAGGGAGGUGGAUGAUGAUCGAUUGGGGGCGAGGGGACGGUUGAUGGAAGAGAUUGCGGAGAAGCUCAAGAAGUAUGGCGAGCUCCUCACCAUAUCCAACAAUCUCGCCAACAUCGACCGUCCAUCUCACUUUGACCUCCAAAGUCUCGAAAGCUUCUUCAAGGCCAAAGAGCCGCUGGUCAGACACGAGCGAUAUCUUGGAUGCCAGUCCGACUUGGUAACCCUCAAAGCAGGGAGGGACGACGCCUGGCUUGACCGGAGAAUCAUACAGUUACUCGUCAAGUACAACUGUGCUCCACUACGGUUCCUCUUCGCCAAUGCCCACACCAAGACCCACGCUGACAGCAAGCACACACCACUCAACCUCUUCUCGAUAGCCCGCGUCCACUUCGCCAAGAUGGUCAUUCUCAUCUUGCUCAUGCUCUGCCUGCUGUGUCUUCCCAUCAUUCCGCUCUAUUCGUGGACGCAGGGCGGUGGUGGAGACAAGAAGGAUGGAGAAAGUGAGGAGGAGAGUACUGCGAUUACUGGACAGACACUGGCUAAAAUGAUGGGCUUGAUUGUUUCGUGCGCGUUAGCCUUUGGCGUGGUGUUGAGUGUGUGUACGAGGGCAAAGAAGCAUGAGAUCUUUGGGAGUUGUGCUGCGUACAUGGCUGUUCUCAUUGUCUUUAUGACAACCUCCUGA